UGGAGACAUCGUCAGCAUCUUCAGUUAAAUACGCAAUAGAAUAGCUCAGUUUUGCUAUAAUGUAUCUGUGUAUGUAGAUUGGUUCAAAAACAGGCUACUGAUGAACUGGCGGGCGGUUCCUGAAAAUUUUUUGAGACAAAAAAUAUUUUGUUAUUGAGGCAAGCAGCUCUUUCUCUUUACAUUUUCCCUCAAUGUCUCCCCCACCUUCCGGCAAAAAGCACUCUGAAUCCGGUCUUGCUCGCUUCUUCGGAAGUGCCACCUCUGGUAUUCUCGAGCUUUUCAUUUUUCACCCCGUCGACACUGUCGCCAAGAGAUUAAUGAGCAAUCAAGCAAGACUCUUUGUCCCCGGAGAGAGUCUUUCUGUCGGAUUCAGCGCCCUUGAUAAGGUCGUCUUCAGGGAUGCUGUCAAUGCCACAGCCUUGAAGAAGUAUGCUUCACUCUUCCCUGGUCUUGGAUUUGCUGCUGGUUACAAGGUUGCUCAGCGUGUCUACAAGUUUGGUGGUCAACCUUUUGUCAACGAUUUCUUGAACAACAACUACAAGUCGGUGUUCACUUCGGCAUUCGGUGAAAAGACCGGCAAGACCAUGAUGCACGCAACUGCUGGCAGUUUUGUUGGCAUUGGUGAAAUUGCUCUGUUGCCCUUGGAUGUGCUGAAGAUCAAGAGACAGACCAACCCUGAAGCAUUCAAGGGACGUGGUUUCCUCAAGAUUGUUGCUGACGAAGGCAUGGGGUUGUAUAGGGGUGCAGGAUGGACCGCAGCUCGUAACGCCCCGGGCUCAUUCGCCCUUUUUGGAGGCUCUGCUGUUGUUAAGGAACACAUCUUCCAUCUUAACGAUUACAACAAGGCUACCUUCUUCCAAAACUUCUGUGCCUCUAUUGGAGGAGCCGUUGCCUCCAUCACGGUGGCCGCUCCUUUGGAUGUCGUCAAGACUCGUAUUCAAAACCGCAACUUUGACAACCCUGAAAGCGGUAUGAACAUUAUCAAGGAUUUGUUGAAGAAAGAAGGUGUGGCCGGUUUCUUCAAGGGAUUAACACCCAAGAUUCUUGUGGUCGGCCCGAAGCUCAUCUUUUCGUUCACUGUUGCUCAACAGUUGAUUCCCAUUUUCCAUAAGAGCUUUGAAGCUAACGGUAUAACCAAGACCGUUGCAGUUUAGAGUAGAUUUUUUAGUUACAAACGGUAUAUUUGCAUUUCAAUCCCCCCAUCCGCGCAAUAAAAAAUAUAAAAGAGAAAAUCCGAAUAGAAAAAAUA